AUGGAGGGUUGUAUAAUUUAUACGAGGAAACGAGUUCGUGAUGACUCGGAUGCCGACUCGACCGAGUCCAAGCGAGUUACCCGAGUCGACUCAGUUUCUGAUAGCCUCUCACGUGUCGACUCGGACGGGUCUGAAUCUGAAAUCGUUUGGGUUGAAUCUGAACCUGACUCGUACGAGGUUAAUGAUAUGACUGAUGAGAUUCUUAACAUACUUGAUGAAACAGAUAAUGUCCAGGAGCGUGAGAUCACCGUCACCGCCGUUCAAGGACUCGACUCUGUCAUCAAGAGUUUUGAAGAUGAGAUAUUUGCCCCGGGUCUGUACCAAGUACCCGACUCCAGUGAGUUCAACCCGAAUCUUGGGUAUUUACUGGAAGCUUCAGACGAUGAACUUGGUUUACCACCGACUAUGGUGCAAACCGAGGAGAAAAUUUUACCGGAAAUCAAUGAGUCGGAUCGGGUUGGCCCGGACGGUGUUGAUUUGACCGGGUUUUAUUGGUUUGAGGAAGAGAUUCGAAACAAUGAAGGAUUCGGGUUGAUGGGUUAUGAUACUGUUUCCGAUGAGAACGACGGUGGCUAUGUGACGAUUGAUGGACUGUUUGAUUAUGGUGAACCGACGGAUUUUUUGUGGCGGUCGGAGUCGUUGCAGGCUAUGUAG